AUGACACAUCGUUUGGACAAUUUGAAGCUGUGGCAAUGUGAACUCUGGCUGUUACGGCUGGUUUCCGGUUUGAAUGUGACUUUUUUGCCAUAAGAAGAGGACAUAAGCUUUAUCAACGAGUACGUGAACCUCCACAAUGAGCUGCGGGCCAACAUCACUUGGGAUGUAGCUUUGUCAUGGACUGCUAGAGCAUGUGGGAAAAAAUGUGUGUUUCAGCAUAAUAUUCAUUUAGAAGAACUAAAAAUGGUCCAUCCUAAAUUUAAUGGUAUUGGUGAAAAUAUAUUGGUUGGCCCUGAAAAUGAAUUUACUGCAAGUAGUGCUAACGGAAGUUGGUAUGCAGAGAAGACAAAGUACUAUUUUGAAAAUGACAGUUGCUCUGAUGACUGUUUUAAUUAUAUACAGCUUGUUUGGGACAAAUCUUACAAAAUUGGUUGUGCUGUUACACCAUGUCCAAGAAUUGGACAUAUUAAACAUGCAGCAAUUUUCAUAUGCAACUAUGCACCAGGAGGGACUCUGUCCAGAAGGCCUUAUAAGCCAGGAAUAUUUAGUACUCAGUGUAGCAGAUAUGACAGAUGCACAGAUUUUCUAUGCAGUAAUGCAGAUCAUGAUGAAGCCAUAUAUUACCGAUUUUGGUAUCCAAGAUGGGGAGUGCCCCGGCCAGUUGUGUGUGAUCCACUGUGCAUAUUUGUAAUCUUACCGAGAAUGAUGUGUUUUUCAAUAUGUACCAUAAUUGUAUUGCUAAUACAGUCUCAGUUUCCAAAUACAUUAUUGGAACAACAGUUAGUAUAUGCCUCUGGGGUAGCUGAAGGGAAGCCAGAACAUGAAGAGAUAGAGGUAGAGCUGGAGGAAGACGUGGGAAAGGAGGAGGACAUACUGGAGGAAGAGGAUGAGGAAGAGGAAGAGGAUGAGGAAGAGGAAGAGGCACAGUGAAGAGGAAGGGAGGAGGUUGAGGAGAAGAGGCAGCACAAGAUUUAUCAUAGGAUAGACCAACAAAAAAAGGCAAAAAAAUGUAAAAAAUAA